CUAGGAGUGCUCUCCCAAUGCCUGACUAAGGCAGCUAGUGUGUGUGUGUGAGUCUGUCUGUGGUGAGCUCCGUAGAGAAGCAAUGCAGAGCAUCAGUGUACAGAUACAAUGGAAAAUAUAUUCUCACUCACUUUUUAUGAUGAAACAAAUACCAAUACAAUGAAGGCCACUGAAAGGUAUGAUAGAUUUUAUCCAAGACAGUUUAAUUCAGUCCAGAUAUCUACAGUGGUGACAAGGACAUGGGACUCCUCCUGCCAGAUUCCAGAUGGUUCAAUACAAUUGACAUCCUGGUUGACAACUGUGAAAAAGAACCUUGGAUUAUUUUAUUUUAUUAUUGUGGUCCACCACAAUCCCAAAUCCAUAGGAUACAUCAGGCUUCAAGUUCCCUGUAGAAUUCUAAAAUAACCUUUGCUAAUGAGGAUGUCUGAUACUGUAACUAUAAAAAAUGAAACUGAAACAAUGAAGGAUUUGGAGGCAACCAUGAAAGAUAAAACCAGAAUUGAAAAUCUUAUCAAAUCAGAAAACUUUGGGAAGAUUUUGGCAGAAAAGAAUGAACAUUGUAUCGACAACAAUAUUGAUUUUCAGCGGCCAUUGCAGUCAUUUGGACAGACAGGAAAGAGGUCUAAGUCAAGCUCCAAGUUAAAGCUAGUUCGGAGCCUUGCAGUAUGUGAAGAAUCUCCACCACCCAGUACAACAGAGAUAUCACAGGAGAAUCAGGAUAAAAUUCAGAUCCAAUUAACACAAUCAUUUGAAAAAGAGGAGAAGCCCUCAAAAGAUGAAGCAGAAAAAGAAAAAGCCAGUGAGAAGUUGCCCAAAAAAAUGUUAUCAAGAGAUUCCAGUCAAGAAUACACUGAUUCAACUGGCAUAGAUCUACAUGAAUUUUUAGUAAAUACAUUAAAAAAUAAUCCCAGGGACAGAAUGAUGCUGUUGAAAUUGGAACAAGAAAUACUAGAUUUCAUUGGUAAUAAUGAGUCUCCACGUAAAAAAUUCCCCCCAAUGACAUCUUACCAUAGGAUGCUAUUACAUAGAGUAGCUGCUUACUUUGGAUUAGACCACAAUGUUGAUCAGAGUGGAAAGUCUGUCAUAGUAAACAAAACUAGCAAUACAAGAAUACCUGAUCAGAAAUUCAAUGAACAUAUUAAAGAUGAUAAAGGUGAAGACUUUCAGAAACGAUAUAUUCUCAAGAGAGAUAACUCUAGCUUUGACAAAGAUGAUAAUCAGAUGAGAAUACGUUUGAAAGAUGAUAGAAGAAGCAAAUCUAUAGAAGAAAGAGAAGAAGAAUACCAGAGAGCUAGAGACCGAAUAUUUUCCCAAGAUUCCCUGUGUUCCCAAGAAAAUUAUAUUAUUGACAAAAGAAUUCAAGAUGAGGAUGCUAAUAAUACCCAGCAGAGACGUCAGAUAUUUAGAGUUAAUAAAGAUCCUUCAGGGAGAUCAACAAAUAGCCAUCAGAGCAGCACUGAGAAUGAACUGAAAUACUCUGAACCACGACCCUGGAGCAGUACAGAUUCAGACAGCUCUUUCCGAAACUUCAAGCCUGCUGUAACCAAAGCCAGUAGCUUCAGUGGAAUUUCAGUCUUGACAAGAGGUGACAGUUCUGGAAGCUGCAAAAGCAUAGGCAGGCUUUCAAAAACAGGUUCUGAGUCUUCUGGUAGUGUAGGGUCAUCUACGGGCUCUCUUUCUCACAUCCAGCAGCCUCUUCCAGGUACAGCUCUCAGCCAGUCUUCUCAUGGCACACCUGUCGUCUAUCCAACUGUCAGCACUCAUAGUUCUCUUUCCUUUGAUGGUGGCAUAAAUGGGCAAGUCGCAUCUCCUAGCACUAGCUUCUUUUUGCUUCCUUUGGAAGCAGCAGGCAUACCACCUGGCAGUAUUCUGAUCAACCCACAAACAGGUCAACCCUUCAUAAACCCAGAUGGAAGUCCAGUUGUAUAUAAUCCUCCUAUGAAUCAACAACCGGUUAGAUCCCAAGUGCCUGGACCUCCACAGCCACCUCUGCCACCCCCACCACCUCAACAAGCAACUAAUCACAUUUUCUCACAGCCUGCUCGUCCUCUGCAGUCCUCUUCACAGCCUGUUCAGUAUUCUACAGCCCCUUACCCAUCCCCGCUCCUGCCAGUCUCACCCACACAGCAAUACUCCGUGCAGGACAAUCUUGGGUCUCAGUUUAGCCAAAUGAGUCUUGCUCGCCAGCCAUCUGCAGAUGGUUCUGAUCCUCACGCCACCAUGUUCCAGUCCACUGUUGUUCUUCAGUCCCCACAACAGUCUGGUUAUAUCAUGACUGCAGCUCCUCCACCACCGCCACCGCCACCGCCACCUCCACCUCCACCUCCUCCUCCCCCACUUCCACAUGGGCAGCCAGUCCCGACUGCUGGCUAUUCUGUCUCUGGUCAUCCUGUUACCCAGCCUGUGCUUCAGCAACAGGGAUAUCUUCAUCAGCCCUCACCACAGAUGCCAGCCUGUUACUGUGCUCCAGGCCAUUAUCACUCCAGUCAGCCUCAAUAUCGCCCAGUCCCUUCUGUCCAUUACAAUUCACAUUUAAAUCAACCACUGCCACAGCCUGCACAGCAGACAGGUUAUCAAGUUGUGCCCAACCAGCAGCAAAACUACCAAGGAAUAAUUGGAGUUCAGCAAUCCCAGAAUCAGAGUCUUGUUGGUGGCCAACCCAACAGCAUUGGAAAUCAGAUUCCAGGAGUGGUUAUUCCCUAUCCUUCAGUGCCAUCAUAUCAGGUUUCACUGCCUCAAGGUUCUCAAGGAAUUGUCCAACAGACAUAUCAACAGGCUAUUAUGUUCCCUAAUCAGUCUAAUCAAGGAUCUAUACCUGCAACUGGAAUGCCAAUUUAUUAUAGUGUCAUUCCACCUGGCCAGCAAAAUAAUUUAAGCUCAUCAGUAGGUUACUUGCAACAUUCAGGAUCAGAACAAGUGCAGUUUUCUCAAACUACUUCACCGUGCAAUUCCCAGCAGCUUCAGAGUCACCAGUGUCCAGCCAUGCCACCUUUGCCAUCUGCUGGAGGAAUGGUGAUGAUGCAACUAAAUGUACCAAACAACCCACAGUCCCGUGCCCACUCACCCCCACAGUGGAAACAAAACAAAUACUACUGUGAUCACCAGAGAGGACAGAAAUGUGUAGAGUUCAGUAAUAUAGACAACAUUGUUCAGCACAGCCCUCAACUCAGUAGUCCCAUUAUUUCACCAGCUCAGUCGCCAGCACCAGCCCAGCUGUCCACCUUGAAAACUGUGCGUCCUUCUGGACCACCACUCUCCAUCAUGUCCCAGUUUUCUAGAUCUUUUGUUCCUAGUCAAGGAGAUGCCAGAUAUCCAUUACUUGGCCAGCCACUGCAGUACAACCCUCCUACAGUUCUGCAUGGACACAUUCCAACCCAGGGUCAAUCAGGCAACAGGCAUGGAAACCGUGGAAGGAAACAGGCUAAAAAAGCAGCAUCAACUGACCUUGGUGCAGGAGAAGCAGUUGUUGGGAAGGUUUUGGAAAUUACUGAACUACCAGAUGGAAUAACUCGCAUGGAAGCUGAGAAGCUCUUUGGAGAACUUUUUAAAAUUGGCGCCAAGAUCCGAUGGCUUAGGGACCCCCAAUCCCAGCCCCAGCCUCGCCGUCACCCCCUCUGCUGUGGCAGCGGAGACAACACUGUCAACCCUGAUCGUUCUAAGUCUGGUGACUUGGCCUCCACAUACACCGUCUUAGCCACAUUCCCCUCCAUUUCAGCUGCACAGAAUGCAUUGAAGAAACAAAUUCAUUCAGUUAACAAAUUUAAGCUGAGAAUAAGCAAGAAGCACUAUGACUUUCACAUUUUGGAAAGGGCAAGCUCUCAGUAGCAGAGCCACUUUGGACCUUUGACCUUUGUGAUUCCCCUGUCCUCUCCCAUCUUUAAUUGGCUUGGUACAUGGAGCUUCUGUUAAUAUGAUAGAGACUCCAAGAAUUGUGAAUGUAGCUUUUGAAGACAGGCCAGUGAUCCAGCAAAGGGGAAGAAAUACACAUUUCACCCCAAAUGACUGUAGGAAUCCACAUCAGAAUGAUACAGAGUUAGCAGCUUUUUCUGAGGAAAUGCUGUUCAAAUGCCUCCUAACUUUUAUAGUUACUUUGUUUUAUAUUUCUGAAUUCUUGUAUCAGAUCCAAAGCUCUAUUGUACAGCAGAUUAUUCUUCAAAAUGAUUACAACCAGUUGCAACCUGUCUUUCUUUUUUGCAGCCAGCACAGUGUGAUCCAACAUAAAAUUAGGGGGGGAAAAUGCAAGGUGGAGAAUAACCAAGUCAAAACCAUGUAAUAUCAUUUUUGGAGGGUCACUAAGGAGAGCCCACAAAUGGACUAUAUUUCUAAACACAUAACUUCCAGAAAAUACAGACCUCCCUUAGGGUCCUUUCCUUAUUCAUUCAGGUAGUAUGAACAUUAGGUAUAAAGUAAAUUAUGUUCUUGACACCUCUUAAUCAAACCACUUAAGAUUCAAAGGGGCAAAGGAAUCAUUCUAAGCCAGAAAAUACCUUCCACUUUUUUCUUCCAGUUUGUCUCUCAUAACUAAAAGUCACUUAUUUCCUUCCUUGUGGAAUUUUUUUUUUUUUGUCAAUGCAUUUGACAAGUGCUGGAAACUUAAGUGGUUUAAAAUUUGUUUUCAUCGUUUGCAGCGGAUCACUGGACAUCGAAGAUUCAUUGCACUUAGGAACAAGGAAACUUUUUUCCAUUUCUGUGUAAUUUCAAGGCUGUACAAUGUGUGCUGAUGCAAGCCUUUUUCAGUUCAAGAGAAUAAAUGUUUACAAAUAUAGAA